AUGUGUUUAUUCCUUGUUCCCUCAGUAACGUUUACUCACACUUACAAUUACAAUGAUAACUUGGCUUACAACAUUUCCUUGCGAUUUUUUCAGCUGAUGAUAGAGGUGUUAAAUGGGAGUUGUGGAAUGGAGACUGACGAGAAUGCCGAGACUGUUCAGGUCAAGAGACUAGAGCCUGAGGGCAUGGACUUCUCGCCCUCCUUGGCCGUUUCCUCAUCAGCUCCCAACCUUGAACAUGCUGAUGCAGAUACUCCCCUCAGCUUUCGUCAACCCGACUGUAGGUGGUGUGUCUUGAGUGGUUGUUGUUGUUGCUGUUAAUCUGUCUUACUCCUUCAUUGACAAACAAAUAUGAUUGUAUCCGAUGACUAGGAGUCAAGAUGACUAAUACCUCCUUUAAAAUUCUCUACUUCCAUUUUCUCGCUCUGUAAACGUAAAUGUAAAUGCACACGACCAACCAACGUAUUCCCUCGGCCAUUUGAAGGCCACACCUCAGUGUUUAUAUAAGUGUCUUCCCUUAACGGAUUUACGGAUGGAUGUAAAAUCCGAUGGGUUGGGAGGCCGGGCGCCCGGAUUUGUGUGUGAUUGUAUGUGUAUGUAAGUGUAGUGUCGGUGGGGUUAGGGCCGUUCGAGGCCGGCAUCUCGCCGGCCUUCACCGGCUACUCUCAACUCUUUUGGGGUCUCUUCUUCGCCCCCCUCCCUUUCUUUCCACCAAUUUCCGAGUUUUGUGCGCGGAAAAUGAACGUGACUGACUUGCUCGUUUAUCUAUCCCUCCAAUAUCCACAGAGUUCCAAUCUUUCCGCUCCUUUCCCUCUUCUUUCCAACAACAACCACCUUCGGCUCCGCUCAUACCGGCUUCGUUUCAGUGAGCUCCACGCCCAAUCAGGAUGCCGGCGAGCUGGUGAACUCGGUGACCGAUGACUUGCGCAGUCCCCGACCGCAGAACCCCACCAGUAUGAACCCCGAGUAUGAUCUGAGGUGAGUCCUUGUCUGAGGUGGAUAAUAUUUUAGCCGCAUGUGGGUGGGUUGUCCGGGAAACCUCGUCUAUAAUUAUUUAGGCACUGUUUUGACGGUCCGGAAACGCAUUGGAGCUUGUUCUACAAGGUUGUAGUGUUAAUUCCCUGCUUUUUAAAACAAGUUGUAAGAUCAAAAACCGGAGGAGACGGCUCUCCGUAAACGCCGAGGAUAUUGUUUUGAAGAGAUGACUGGAUAUACUUUUAUUUACGAGGGAAACAAUUACUCGAGUGUCUCAUACGCGGGUCUUAUGAAUGUCACACGACCUUUAUAAAAAUAGGUCCAUUUCACUGUAGAACAAGAGUUCAUUGAACUUUUAGGAACACCAAAAGAGCGGCUCCCUGUUUUCUCGAGAAUAAGCGAAGGCCCUAAAGGUCAUUCCAACUGUCUUGCAAGACGAGAAAGUGGAGCGGCACCGCUUGGUUCAGACGUUUUUCUCACUAUUCCCCCCAUUUCUUUGAUUUUUAAGAGGCGGCGAUUGCGAAGGGGGAUGGGAGAGACUGCUACGAGAUGGAAAUGGUAUCGUUCCGUUCGUGAGUUUGAUGACAAUGUCGUCCAGGUUUGAGGACUUCCUUGUCAUCGAUCCGAGCAGAGUUUGGUCUCCUCUCAUUAGGGAUUAAGUCAUCAGGAAUGUCAUUCGCCUAGUUCCCCUGGUAUUCGGACAAGUAUACAUUAUAUGUAUGCUGCUUCUUUUUCCUGUUCGCUUUACUUUUCUGUUUAUUUGGAAACGAAUCCUUUCUUUUCCUUAACAAGGUUUCCAGCCUCCGGGCAUCGGCCCUCAUUUGCGCCUUUCCCAGACCAUAAAAUCUGAACGGGAUACGGUUGUGCCCUGAGGCUGUUCGGAAUGGACAGGUGUUUUUGUCGCCAGCAUUGACCGACUCUCUGCCCGAGGGCCAUUUGGCAAAAGCGAUAGGCCCGGAGCUAAUUCUAUUUUAAAUAUAUCCGCGACUCGUGCAGAGUGGACGACGUCGUGCGAUAAAAGGCGCGAGGGGCGACCAGCACCGCCAUCACCUCCCCCCUCGCCUCUGCCCCUUCACCCCAUCGCGCGCUGUUCAUUUGCGUUCCCCCCCCCCUUUCAUUCCCCGCGCAGGGUUUUGUGGUUAAGGUCCAGCUGGGGAUUCCGUGCCCUAUUCUUGGAGGAGUAUUGUGGUCGAUUGCCCCGACGCCUGCGUCGUCCCCCAUCUCGCCCGACCGCUCUCACCUCGGUCGCGGUCUCUCUCUCCGGCUCGCUUCGGAGCAAAAGUCUUUUUUGAGAUUCCCGGCUCCCUCUGCCCACUCUCGAUGGCUACUCUCGAGACCAAAAACAUUCAGAUCAGACCUUUCUCAACUUUUAUUCGGUUAAUUUGCUUUUUUGGCCUUUUCAUGUUGGGAACAGCACGCUCGGGUGGGCAUGUGGAGUACGCGACAAGUCCCUUUUACUUUUUAUUUUUCCACUUUUGUGCUGAUUUUCCUCCAGAACACGGCACUUUCUGUGUGGAGAUCCAAAGGGCAGUAAAGUUUAGCAUAAUUACCGACAGAAGAUUUGUGGUUUAAUGGCAUAAACCUUUAUGUAUCCGAUGCAUUAAUUUCCAGAAUAUGUGGGAAAAGGCGGGCGUUGAGACGAUGGCUACUUUAAUUAUCUUUUUUUGCGAGAUUAUUCGAAUCCGCUUACUCCGUUUCUCAAGUUUUGAAAAUAUUUCUCUGCCCUUUUCUGGUGAUCUGACGUCAAUGAUUGUCUGCAGCAGGGGCCCGGCCUUUUAUGACCGAAGGGCCUCCAAAUCAGCCAAAUGCUGGACGUUCCCCGUUUGUUGGACUUGUGACUCAAAUCAUUUGGGCUUAUCACAUUUUGCUCGAGGGGAUCUGACUCAACAUCGGAAACGGUUUUCCUUCUCUACCGAGUAUAAAGUAAGAUCCCUCGCCCCGCCGACAUCCUGGAGUUCCGCUGGAUGACCUGGUUACCUCUUUUGGAUGCCGUCAGAAGCGGAGAAAAUUGUUUUUUUUUUUUUUGAGUAUUUCUUAAGAUUAUCUGCGGUUGUUAAGACAAAACAUUAUUUGCUGGGCCUGCAGAGGGCGACGGGACUGGUUUUGCGGGGACUAAAGUCAGAGAAAACACUUGAACAAUAAUGGUCAUCUACAUGGUCACAAACAUUCGGGUUUCAUGUGACGUUCUCUUCUUUGCUGUUGCAAUUUAUGAACUAUUUUGAUUAAACCUUUUGAAUAAUCCAAGUCCAUAAACGGUGUCGUUAAAGCAGCAUAAUUCGUAGAAAACGUCGCCCGGGCUUCACUUUCGGAAUCUGUUGUUUGUUAUCUUUGUCCGGAAUUAAGGGAAUAUUAAUUAGAUAAAAGGGGAUCAGUUAUUAACAUCCAUACUGCCUUAAUCCGUAAAGGAAGGCGCUUACAUUCCCCCUCUUUCCUCGGACUAACUCAUUCCCAUUUUUAGAGUGAAAACCCAAGGCCAUAAGCAAAGACAAGCCGACCCAGACUCCCCUUCCCCACAGCCCCGAUACCCCGUCUUUUGCCUUUAACUGUCGGGCUGCGCACUCUUUUAAGGGGAGGGGGGCUUCUUCCCAGGACUUUUCUGGCCUCUCAUUUGGCCCAAGAUUCUUGUCAUUGCUUCUGCAUGCACUACUUUGUUUUACUCUCUUUUGUUGUGGACUUGAUUACAGAAACCGACCCCCAAUUUUCAUGUCAUUGCCGUCGGCAAUGACAUUUCUGUUUUGCUUUAAGGGCAUAUUUUGAAUAGAAUAUAUAUGCAUAUUCCCUUGUCCAAUAUUUUUAUUAUGAAAGCUCCAAAAGGCCAAAAGAUGAGCAUACGAAGCUGGUCACUCUUCUUUCCCCUGCCUGCGGGAUUUUUCUCCCCGAAUCCCUUUCCAUUCCUCAUCAAAUCCUACUAUGAGACGGAUUCUGGAGACCUUGAUGUUGGCGGCGGGGAUCUCUUCGGAAGCACCUGAUCGCCCCGUUCUGAAACCCCGAAAGAGCCGCCGUUCCCUUCUUUCUCUAUUUGGUUUCUAAUGACUUCGGCUUGUCGAUCUCUCAGCCUCGUUAUCCCCAGAUGACCUCCAGUUGUUUACCUGAUUCAAGAGUAACCGCUCUAUGUUUAGAUCAGCCGCCUCGUCUCAGAACGCGUUAGCCAAGGAGAAUCUCGCCUCCAAAGACGGGUCCACGGCGUCAUUCAAAGAGCCCGAGAGUCUCGAGAGCAAGGCCAGUCCGGACGGCGCCUCACCCAGCUCCACCGUCACUGUCCAGCACAUUGGCUCCAGUUCAAGCAACGACGCCACGAUUACGGCCUCAGUGGCGAUCUCAACGCUCCCUCCCCCGCCCAUGGUGGGGGCUGGACCAGGCGCCGUGGUGGGGGCCGGUCCAGGUGUGAACGGGGCAACCACCUCUUCGGCCAGCUCUUCAGCCAGUUCGGCCGCUUCAGCAACCAAUCAGAACUUUAAGGGCAACCGCCCAGACGAAGCCGUUCGAAUCUUCGGCUCUAAGCUCACUCCCUACGAACAUACGGAGAUCUACAACUUUAAUCGUAUCUACUUUGUUGGCUCUCAGGCCAAUAAACGGGGCGGAAAUCCGGGUGCGGCCAACAAUGCCGGCUAUGAUGACGAGAAUGGGAGCUACCAUCUCGUUCCUCAUGAUCAUAUCGCCUACCGGUACGAGAUCUUAAAAAUCAUUGGGAAAGGAAGUUUCGGACAGGUGAGUCUUCGAAAAUUAAAAGUAAUCAAAAUUGGAUUUCACAUUUUGAUCGUUCCUUUUAGGUAAUAAAAGCAUACGAUCACAAAUAUCAGCAGUUUGUGGCCUUGAAGUUAGUAAGGAAUGAGAAAAGAUUCCAUCGACAAGCUGAAGAGGAGAUAAGAAUCCUCGAUCAUCUACGUCAGCAAGACCCAGAUCAUGUCCAUAAUGUCAUUCAUAUGUUGGACCACUUCAACUUUAGGAAUCAUAAGUGUAUUACCUUCGAGUUAAUGAGUAUCAACUUGUACGAACUUAUCAAAAAGAAUAAAUUUCACGGUUUUAAUCUCACAGUAAGUAUUUACAGUUGCUUUACGUAUUGGGUCUUACUUUUCUAUAAUCUUUUGAUUUCAGCUAGUCAGAAAGUUUGCACAUUCGAUGUUACAGUGCCUAGACUUGCUAUACCGUAACCGGUUAAUUCACUGUGAUCUGAAACCCGAGAAUGUUUUGUUAAAGAAUCAGAACCGAAGCAGCAUUAAAGUAAUUGACUUUGGCUCCUCCUGCUUCGAGAAUCAACGGAUCUACACCUACAUCCAGUCUCGAUUCUAUCGGGCACCAGAAGGUAAGUCUCAAGUAAAAUGAAAUUAUACUCGAGUUUAGUAAUACUCGGAGCGCGUUACGGAAUGCCCAUCGACAUGUGGUCCCUUGGCUGUAUCCUGGCCGAAUUACUCACCGGAUAUCCUUUAUUGCCGGGCGAGGAUGAGAACGAUCAGUUGGCGCUGAUUGUAGAGCUUCUGGGAGUACCGUCGACAAAGAUUCUGGAGUCCGGAAAACGAACGAGGAACUUUUUUUCCUCGAGGGGACAUCCUCGGUAUUGUCAAGUAACUCAACUUAUGGAUGGGACCAUGGUUUUGGGAGGAGGAAGAUCCAAACGAGGCAAGAUGAGAGGCCCUCCGGGCUCCAGAACUUGGAAUCAGGCUCUCAAAAAUAUGGUGAGCAUUGCUGUUUUAUGUGUUCGGAGGGUUUGUUUUUUGUGAAAGCAGUAUUAACCCUUUUCUGGGAAGCCUAGGAUUACUCCCGAAUUGGCCCCGAAUUUUGAAUUGACAGUUGUAUUUAAUUUGGGGAGGGAUUAGUUUUAAUACAUUAUAUUAUGAAGUCAUUUGAUGGAUAACAAGUGCUUUCAGGGCGAUGAAUUGUUCACCGAUUUCCUGAAGCGAUGUCUCGAUUGGGAUCCCGAGCUCCGGAUGACUCCCCAACAAGCCCUAAAGCAUCCCUGGCUUCGACGGCGACUCCCCAGACCUCCCACCAACGGGGAUUCGGCGAGUUCAACAACAGCAAGCAGCGAGAAUCUAAUAAGCACAAACUUCAGGAUAUCCGAUUAA